ACACGUGUUGCACUGUUUGUGGACAGUGUUUCACUCCACCUCUUUGUUUGAUUUUAGGGGGGAAGAGUCCAGCGCAGAAGCUUCAAAAACAGCAGAGAUCUAAUUCUCUCUUUAGGUCAAAAGGACAGCUAGGAUACAACAGAGGUGGGUGUGUUUCAACAGCCAGAGAGGACAAUGUUCUCUCCCCUGCUGCUGUGGACAUGUGCGGCCUUGCCAGGCCUGCUACUGGCCUCCCAAGCCAGUCUAUUGGUAGAGGGGGAGGACGCAGGCACCAGGAUCUGUAAACCUGCCCCCUAUUGGGACAUAAAAGGACAAGCACCCAUGCAGAUGGUGCUUGGAAGUGUGGUGGUGGUAGCACUACUCAAGGCGAGCUGACAUUUUUGUCUCGUUCAGGCCUCCAAAAUCCAAGGCCUGCGUGACAAGCUGAACCGUAACAAUUUGACAGAGGUUUCCUUCAUGAUAGUUAAUGAGCAAGACCCUCAGUCCAGAGCAAUGUUCUGGGAGCUGAAAAGAAAAGCUCCUCCUGAAGUUCCAGUUUACCAACAGACUCCCUUUCAAAAUGAUGUGUGGGGGGUGCUGGACGGUGACAAAGAUGACUUCUUAGUCUAUGACAGGUGUGGUCUCCUCACAUUCCAUGUAGUGCUUCCAUUCAGCUUCUUGCAAUACCCUUAUGUUGAGGCUGCCAUCAGAGCCACCUAUCUUAAAAACAUCUGCAACUGCACUGCUAAUUUUACAACAGUAAAUGGCAUUCUCACAAAGAAUGAUACGCUACCAUUCAAUGUCAACCACACCACAGCAUCACCCAGAAAUCAAGUGGAUGCAGUGGAUUCCAAAAUGACAGUAACAACACCUAAAACCAUUCAGAUAGAGCACCACCAUCAUCAUCAGCAGCAGCAUAAUACAACUGGAAGCCUCAGUCACCUUCAUCACCAUCAACCGCCCUCAAACCACAGUCACCAUCCUGUAAAAGAUCAUUUUGAGUAGACAUUUAUCUUUAACAGUUGUAGUAAAAUAUAGUGGUCUGUACUGUACUGAAACAAGAUUGUGCUGUCUUCUCCAAGUGUGCUGAAACAGUAGCUUUCGUUCCUCCCUGCGUGCUCCUAUUAAUGAAGUCUACAGUCUCGAACCUGGCUACAGGAAGCUGCAGAUGGAUGUGUAAGGAGAGACGCUAAAUUUGGACUGACAGCUGCUGUUUCUCAGACAGGCUCAGAGGAUGCGGUGCACUGAUGCUAAGUACACCUCAGUAUGUUUAUUGUGAACAAACAUUUUGUCUUUCAUGUGCUUCAUUAAUUAGAAAUUGUCGUAAUUAAUGCCAAUAUUAAUUAUAUUAUUAUAUUAUAUAAUUAUAUUAUUUGACAACACGUGUACGGAGUCGCAAUGUGUUGCUAUUUCUUGAAUUCGUUUCAUUGGGGAUGCACAGCUUUAAUUUUUAUGAGACUUAUUUAUCACAAGUUUUUAAGAGAAGUUACUUGUUGUGACUCAUGUGCAUAGCGUGAAAAUAAAGUCAUUCAUACGGAUA